CCGAGCUUCACCCCACCAAUAUCGAGACGCUUAAGCACCGGAUGCAAUCCGUGUGCAGUAACCCGGAGAAGGGGCUUCCCGGCGUUGCGGUCGCUGUAGUUCGACACGAUGGUAAGGAGCUCUUCAGUCAUGCCGCGGGGCACAGAGGUUAUGGAAGCCCCGAGCCCAUGACUCUGGAUUCCGUCUUUUGGAUCGCAUCGUGUACCAAAAUGAUCACUGGUAUUGCGUGUAUGCAGCUAGUGGAACAGGAAAAGCUCUCUUUGGAUGACGCUGACCAAAUACACCAAAUUUGUCCUGAAUUCAACGAUCUGCGGGUUCUCCAGAAAGAUGGGACUUUGGUGGAGAAGAAUAGAGGAAUAACUCUGAGAAUGCUGUUGACCCAUACCUCCGGCUUUGGCUAUACGUUCUUCAACAAGACACUGCGAGACUACGGCCGACCAGUGGGUUACGAUGAAUUCUCAGGAUACGCCGAUGAUUUCAAUAUGCCGUUGGUUCACCAGCCGGGAGAAGCAUGGGAGUACGGCGUGGGAAUUGAUUGGGCAGGGAUAGUGCUCGAACGCGUAACGGGACAAUCAUUGAACGACUAUUUCCAUCAACACAUUUUCCAGCCACUGGGCCUCCAUCACAUCUCCAUGAUCCCCACGGAAGACAUGAAGAAGAACCUUGCGUACUUGCACCAGCGAGCUGCGGAUGGCCAACUUUCGGUUCGCGAUCAUCUCCUUCGACGAGCGUUGACAGUCAAGAAUGAGAAGGACAUUGAAGCCUACUUCAACAGCGGUGGAGCCGGAUGUUUCUCCACGGUACAGGAUUACUGCCAGAUCCUGGCCGUCCUGCUGAACAACGGAACGUCCCCUAAAACUGGAAAGCAGCUGCUGAAGAGGGAGACUGUCGAUGAGAUGUUCCGAAAUCAAAUCGAAAGUCUACCACCGCUCAGCGAAAAAGAGUUUCCGGACGUAAAAGCAGACCUGGUGCAUUAUAGUCUCGGCGUGCACCCUACCGUGGAAGGCGAUCGCCAAGGAUGGGGGCUUACCUUUCUCCUCAGUGGCGGUUCUACAGGCAGACCCCUCGGAACUGCACAGUGGUCUGGUAUCGCGAAUCUUCGUUGGUGGUGCGACCGUAAGAACGGCGUAGCAGGGUUUAUUUGUACGCAGGUAUUGCCGUUUGGAGAUGACCAGUUAUUUCAAUUGUCGCAAGAUGUUGAGACGGAAGUUUACAAGAGUCUUGGGGUGUCGUCGUAGUCAAAAUGCUACCGGACCGGCGUUUGCCUUGCAAGGCUAGACUUUGUGGGCUACUGUACUGCAGUUACUUCCAAAAGGCUCUAGAUUCAUGAAGUUGCAUUAAGUAAAGGAUAUGCUUUUGGACCCAGAGGUCUAGAGGACUCUCAUCUUCUUUUGGUUGCUUCUGGGUUUUUCGGUCGCCUACUUCCAGUCUCUGGUGGAUUUUCU